AUGGAGCAAAAGAAAGAAAGCAUAGGAAUUGAAGAGAGCGAAGAAAAAGUGGAUCCUGAUCGAGAAGGCGAUAAUACCACUGUUCUGGAGACUGAAGCGGCAACUAACGUGGAUCGAACGGAGGCACUUGGUCAUUUAGACGAAACAAAGCGCUAUGAUGAAGAUGCUAGUAAAUCGGCUCCUGAAAAAGUAGACCGAGAUUCCAAUAUAUGGUCAGAUGGUUGUGGUCCGACUCAGGAAACUUCAGAAAGUAAAUAUACUCAUGAUGAAAAGCCUCAAUCCGAGAAAGAACUAUCCGAAAGCAAGUCAGGCGACGAAGAGGAUGAAAAUAUAAAUCUCAAAACAGAAACUGAAAAGCUUGAGGAAGUGAACCCAAGAACCGAAUUUGGAUUGGAGGAUGAGAUGGCUGAGCUGGAAGAAGGGUUAAAGUCACAGAAGAGCGUACCAUACGUGACAGGAGAAUCUCCUUUCUGGCAAACGCAGGAAAUGGGUGAAGAUGAAGUUGAUCCGGGCGUAAUUGAUCAAACUCAAAUCAGUGAGGUUAAUCAAGAGACAGAGUCCCAGCAUCUGACAGAGGCGACAGAAGACGUCGCGGAAACAGAGGCAGAAUCCUUGCAUGAGAAAAAAAGAUUAUUGAACAACGCCUCCCCGACGUUGCCUACUUCGAGCCCAGAGUUCAGAUUGCCCCACAAAGAAAUGGAGUCACCCAAGCCAAGGGAUAAGCUUAUGGUCCAACCUAAAGACAAGCCAAAACACCAAAGAAAGUAUAAAAAUGAACCCGAAACAGAUCCAGGUCCCUGUCCCUGUUUCCCAAGAAAGCAAAAGAACAGACCUGGUACUAACAAAGAAAAAAGAGACAACAAAGACCUUAUCAAGCCGGUCCAGAUCAGAACCAGAAAGGUGUGA